AUGGGGACCGGUAAACCGGCACCACGGGUCGGCGCCUGGGCCGGAGUCUGGCCGGCGCGCGGCGUCCCAUGGGCGGUGUGUCACGCGCUGUUUGCACAUCUCGCGACUUCGCAUCCGAGACAGGCAUUAAAUAUAUACAAUGAUGAAACAAUUUCGCUCGUGUACAUAGCUAAACUUGUAAUUGGACAACACACACGUUACUGGGAGCUGAACAAUUUCUUACUCACUUUCUGCCACACUGCCACACUGCCACACUGCCACACUGCCACACUACCACACUGCCACACUCCCACUGCCACACAGCCACACUGCUACACUGCCACACUGCCACACUGCCACACUGCCACACUGCCACACUGCCACACUACCACACUGCCACACUGCCACACUGCCACACUGCCACACUGCCACACUGCCACACUGCCACACUGCCACACUACCACACUGCCACACUGCCACACUGCCACACUGCCACACUGCCACACUGCCACACUGCCACACUGCCACACUGCCACACUGCCACACUGCCACACUGCCACACUACCACACUGCCACACUGCCACACUGCCACACUGCCACACUGCCACACUGCCACACUGCCACACUGCCACACUGCCACACUACCACACUGCCACACUGCCACACUGCCACACUGCCACACUGCCACACUGCCACACUGCCACACUGCCACACUGCCACACUGCCACACUGCCACACUGCCACACUGCCACACUGCCACACUGCCACACUGCUACACUGCCACACUGCCACACUGCCACACUGCCACACUGCCACACUGCCACACUGCCACACUGCCACACUGCCACACUACCACACUGCCACACUGCCACACUGCCACACUGCCACACUGCCACACUGCCACACUGCCACACUGCCACACUACCACACUGCCACACUGCCACACUGCCACACUGCCACACUGCCACACUGCCACACUGCCACACUGCCACACUGCCACACUGCCACACUGCCACACUGCCACACUACCACACUGCCACACUGCCACACUGCCACACUGCCACACUGCCACACUGCCACACUGCCACACUGCCACACUGCCACACUACCACACUGCCACACUGCCACACUGCCACACUGCCACACUGCCACACUGCCACACUGCCACACUGCCACACUGCCACACUGCCACACUGCCACACUGCCACACUGCCACACUGCCACACUGCCACACUGCUACACUACCACACUGCCACACUGCCACACUGCUACACUGCCACACUGCCACACUGCCACACUGCCACACUGCCACACUGCCACACUGCCACACUACCACACUGCCACACUGCCACACCGAGUUUCGUGACGAGUGAUAUGACGCAAUGA